AUGGAUGGGGACGACGAAACGAGUGCGUCAACACCGGACCGCGUUAACGGGGCCGGUGCGAGACUCUCGUUGCCGAGGCGAGGCGGACCGGGCCACAACCGCAACUGGGCCAGAAUGUCGCUCGGUGGACUUGCCCGUGGAAGGCGACGCGACAAGGAGCCCAAAGGUCUGACGCCCCGCUCGCCGACGCGUCGGAUGACUCUCGGAGGGGCCAUGAGGGAGCAGGGCGUGGGCGCCGGUGGGCACGCGUAUAAGGGGCGGCAUGGCAUCCGUUAUGAGCAGCCGCACCCGGAUGCUUGGAUGGAGGAGCUCGGUGAAGACCAGGCGGCGACUUCCCUUCCCAUAUCAACGUCGCCGGGGCGGCUGGCUAGUCCUAUCGCCGAGGAUAGUGUCGCAGCUGUUGAAAGCGAUAAACAAGCCCCGGAAGGACGGGACGACACAGAUGCGGAGGACGCUGGCGACAACGAUGCUGGCACGGAUGGACAUAAGAACAGCUCUUCGGUCCUGCCAACCGGGCAGGGGCAGGUUCCCGCGAGUGGAGCGGUACCAUUAAGCGAUGUUGUUGUCGACACCGGCACCGGCUUCGGGGCUGGUCCGCCCCCGAUGGGCAAUGUCAGCCCGUCCUCAGAGUACAGACGCGGGAGCAUGUCCCCCGGUAUGCCUACGGAAGGAAGACUACGGACGCAAUCGUGGACUGCUGCCGCCGCCGCUCCCUCACCGCCGGUUCUCCGAGGCCCGUUCUCGAGGGCACGCUCACGGUCCCGCUCGCCGCGUCACAGGGUGAGCAUGACUCUCGGCCCGACUGGGGGCUUGCAUUUGGCUCGAAAGCCUGAACACAACAGGUUCAGCAGCGGGGGAACAAGCAUGGGGGCUGACCGAAACAUAGGGCUGUCUGAGAACCCGAGCAUAGCAAGCACGGCGGAGGAGGGCGUGAAUUUGACAGAAGGGGAAGACGACGGUCCGGUUGAGAGAGGGGAUGAGGAUGAGGAGGACAAGGCCGUCGGACCGUUCACAGAGACCUCCUUGGAGAUGGCGCGGUUACGCCUGCCGCACAUGGAUCUGGGGUUCGAAGAAGACGGCUUCUUCGGGAUUGACGUGCGAUCCCUGAUUAUCGGGAGGGAAAUCGCACGAGGAGCUUACGGCGUGGUUCACGAAGGAAAGCUACAUCCGUCGCCGAGGGAUGCAAGUGUUGAGGAUGAGGAUGAAGAACAAGCAGCGGCUGCACCCAGGGAAGCAGAAGGUGGCGCGGCUACCAACAUAGAGGGAGAGGUGGAGAGGGACACACUUGUAACGGAGGCGACGGAGGGCGAGGAGGAAAUUUUCCAUGACGCUGCUCAAGAGAGCGUGGAACACGCCAAAGGAGAACGAGAUGCUGCACAGGAAGAGGAGGAGGAGGCGAGGAGCGUGGCAGUAAAGAUUCAACAAGUACCCGAGGACGAGGAAGAGCAAGCCAACCUGCUGGGGGAGCUUGCGAUGCUAAGAAAUCACAAGCACUCGCACCUCGUUGAGUUCAUCGGAACGGCUAUGGCCGUGGAGAGAGGUUCUGACACGGUGAUGGUGGCGAUGGAAUUGUGCACCAACGGGGCGUUGCGAGAGGCGUUGAAACUUAACAUCGACUGGCCACUCAAGGUUCGAAUUGCGUCAGACAUGACGGAUGGGCUGCAAUACCUGCACCAACACGGUAUUAUCCACCGAGAUAUCAAAACCCCCAACGUUUUGAUCGACGGCUGCUGGAGAGCGAAGCUGUGCGACUACAACUUCGCCAUCGACGAGAACAGCUCCAUCAAGCAGGACUUUUGCGCGGGAACGGCGGAGUUCAUGUCUCCCGAGGUGUUGCUCUCCGAGGAGUACGGGCUACCGAGUGACGUCUUCAGCCUGGGCAUGAUAUUUGUAGAGAUGCUUACUGGUCAGGAACCAAGCCCUUCCUUCCCGGAGAGGCCGCCACAGACGUUCUUCGUCGUGAGCGAGGAGGAGAUAGAGGGGCAGCUGCUGCCAGGGUAUCCUUCGUCCUUCUCACUUUUGCAGUCGCAAUGCCUCUUCGCCGAACCAGCCGAGAGACCCACGGCGGAAGACGCGUUUAACUGGCUACAGGAUCUGGUCAACGAGACAGGCGAAGAUAACAUCGUCUUGCCGCAGAGUGGCCCUCCGCUUCCCGUGCUGACAGAGGGAGCGGCCAUCGCUAGGGAAGGGAACGUCAUCAACGCUAGUCCGAAGGGCAAUGAACAACACUGGUUGGACACGGAGAUGAUGGAGCAGCAAAUAGACGCCAUGGUGGAAAAUGCGGUGGAGCGUGCCUUGGCAGAGCGAAGAGGCCAGGAUGUUGGUCUGGUCGGCGGGGUGACGGGAGAGGACGAAAGUGCGGCAAAAUUCGAGCAGAUGAAGGAAGAGAUGGAUGCACUCCGAGCUGCGUGCGACGAGCGAGAUAGCCGCAUUUCAGAAUUAGAAGUGCAGGCCCUUCGAAACACGUCGACCCUCAAGAUGCUGUCGUCAGCUUUGGAGGUGGCGUACAAACAGCUGAUGGCUGUAUCACAGCCCGACUGGAGCUCCGGGGCAAACGGACCCCAGGCGGAUGAAGCAGCAUCUUCCGAACGAGGAAACUUCUCCCGACAAGAGCACGAUGAUUUCGACGCCGUGGAAGCUAGGCUUUCGCAGCUUGGCCCCAACCUUUAGCUCUAGGCGGGCUUUUACGCUAGGCGGGGAACGCAAGGCUUGCCGGGCAUGGAGAGGGGAAGGCAAACCUGCGCGUUCUGUUGUCUUGUGUUCCACCGCAGUCGUGAAAUGCGUUAGGCGGACCCGCUCGCCUUAAUGGUGGUGUGCGUUUCCCCAGCCGUGUCAAUGUUGGUUUUCUGUGGUACUGUUGUUUUCACUCCACCUGUCGCGGGCACAACGCAGGGCGAUGCCUGUUGGUCUGGUUCGUGCGGCCGACGGGUGUGGUCCAAAUCCUGCUUGAACAACGCUUUGUAUUCGCGCGACUUUGGUUUUGCGUGAGCGAUGUAGACGUUGUCCGGAAAGGGCUGCCCGUUGCCCAACGUGCUUCGUCUUGUCGCUCACCACUGUUGGUCGUUUUAGCAGCACUCUCAACAAUUACCAUGCGGAUCGCGCCGUUUGGUUGUACCGACGAGGCGCGGCGCUGUUUUCGGUGACGUUUGUUUUUAUAUUGUGUGUUGGGCGCUCACAACGUGUGUAGCUGUAGUUACGUAUUUUUAUAGAACCAUGGCGGCGUUUUGGGUUGUUCGGCAGUUUGAGUCGACGGCGAAGAUUCUCGGGCCGCGUCCUGCCAAUAGUAGAGUAUUUGGUCAUCACACAUGGCAACCACAAGCUUCCGGCUAUGAUUGGUGCAGCGUAACAAGGCGCGGUUGUCUUUCGUUGGCAAGUUUUGUCUUC